AUGGGUCGAACGUCCAAGUUCUCCUUUCCUAUACCAGGGCGGAAGCAUGCAACGAAAGAAGGGCCAGGCGUGAAGUCCUCGAGCGCUGCGGGAAAUAACCUCUCAAAGGCGCAACGAAUUCUAGGGACGGACAACGAUCUGAAUAUUGACUCCCCCACGCGAGAAGACCAUCCUUGGAAAUAUCCUGGCUCUCGAUCGAGUGGGAUGAGCAUAUCGAUUUCAGAGUCUACGCAGUCAACGAAUGAGAGUGGAAGUAUUCAUGAAUACCAAAGCGAACAGUGGGAUCGAGAGUCAGGUGUUUUGCCUAGAAGCUCGCGAUUACACGGAAAAGCUUCGUCUACAUUGUUGGGACAGCGACUUGGAGAGGAUGGAACGACUACGACCUCAAGCGUUAGUGGGCGUCUCAGAAACGAGGAUUCGUCCUCAACGCUAAAAUCGUACUACGACCGACAAAAAUCACCACUGUCCAUAUCACAGCAGACCUCGGCAUCGUCGGCUCGGGAUUUAGCAUUAAGGAAGGGCUUUCCACCAGUG